AUGGCUGCUUCUGCGUUACUGAGAAGCCGUGUCAGACGGCCGUCCAUGCUGAAGAAGCUGGCCAAGCCAGAGGAUCUGAUUGAUCUCUUCCCUCAUGGUUCGUAUAUCGGCUGGUCUGGCUUUACCGGGGUAGGAUAUCCAAAGAAAGUACCGGCUGCCCUAGCGGAUUAUGUUGAGAACAAUAACCUUCAAGGAAAGUUGAAAUAUACACUUUUCGUUGGAGCGUCUUCUGGUGCGGAGACGGAGAAUCGAUGGGCUCGCCUCAAUAUGAUUGAAAGGCGAGCACCACAUCAAGUUGGCAAGGAGAUCUCGAAGGGGAUUAACAAAGGCAAUAUCAACUUCUUUGAUAAGCACUUGAGCAUGUUCCCUGCGGAUCUGGUGUAUGGAUUUUACACCAAGAACAAGCCCAGCAAUAAGUUAGAUGUCGUGGUUAUUGAGGCGUCGGCAAUCACAGAGGAAGGUGGAAUCAUUCCGGGAGCUUCCGUUGGAGCUUCUCCUGAGCUGGUUCAGAUGGCAGAAAAAAUCAUCAUCGAAGUCAACACCUCUGGUCCUUCGUUCGAAGGUCUGCACGACAUCACCAUGUGCGAUGUGCCACCAAAACGGAAGCCCUAUCUGGUCAUGGCACCGGAAGACCGCAUUGGUACCCCUUACAUCCCAAUUGAUCCAGAGAAGGUCGUCGCUAUUGUCGAAUCCGACUAUCCCGACCAGACACAGCCAAACGCCCCAGCGGACGAGAUAUCGCAAGCCAUUGCCAGACACGUCAUUGAGUUCCUCCAACACGAAGUCAAGAUGGGACGGCUGCCCUCGAGCCUUUUGCCCAUUCAGUCCGGUAUUGGAAACAUCGCCAAUGCCGUCAUCGGCGGCCUCAGCACUGGUGGCGCCGAAUUCCGGAACCUCCGUGUCUGGACCGAAGUGCUCCAGGACUCUUUCCUUGACCUUUUCGACAGCGGUCACUUGAACUUUGCUACUGCCACCUCCAUCAGAUUCUCCCCCGACGGCUUCAAGCGGUUCUACGAUAACUGGGAAACUUACUAUGACAAACUGCUCCUCCGAUCGCAACAGGUUUCCAACUCUCCUGAGCUCAUCCGCCGUCUCGGUGUUAUUGGCAUGAAUACCCCCGUCGAAGUGGAUAUUUAUGCCCACGCCAACAGCACCUGCGUGAUGGGAUCGCGGAUGUUGCACGGACUGGGGGGCUCCGCUGAUUUCCUGCGUAGCUCUAAAUAUAGCAUCAUGCACACGCCUUCUGCGCGUCCAAGCAAGACUGAUCCCACCGGUAUCAGCUGUAUCGUGCCUUUCUGUACGCACAUUGACCAGACAGAGCACGAUUUGGACGUCAUCGUGACUGAACAGGGUCUCGCCGAUGUUCGUGGCUUGUGUCCUCGUCAGCGUGCUCGCGAAAUCAUUGCCAAAUGCUCGCACCCUGACUACAGGCCAAUCCUACAAGAUUACUUCGAUCGCGCCGAGUUCGAGUGCCUGAAAAAGGGCAUGGGCCACGAGCCGCACCUCCUCUUCCAAGCUUUCAAGAUGCAUCAGAACCUGCAGGAGAAGGGCACGAUGAAGAUUAGCGGCUGGGAGUAG